AUUGAGCUGAACCAAUGUCUCCUGCAGUGUAUGUGUUAUACAGGUGUAAGUGCUGGGACUGGGUGCUAGUAAGGUGGCUAGUAAGGUGACUAAUGGUGUGCAGUGGUGUGCAGUGCUGUGCAGGGGAGGUGAGGAGAGGACAGAUCACCUGCAGGCUGCAGCACAAUAUCUCUCUCACAGGCUCAGCAUCGUGUUUGUUUUCAUUAGCUGAGGGACUGUCUGUAGAGAGGGGCCAACCCCCAGCCCCCAGCUCCUGCCAAACCCAACAUCUCUCCGGGUCCCACACAUCUUCCCACUGACACUGAGGAGGCAUCAGCUGCACCCUGAUCAGCACAAGCACCACGCAGGAUCCCGAGCGCUUAUUGCUGUCUGUCGCUGCUGCUGCUGCUGACUCUCAUCUCGCAUGCUGCAAGCAACAGUGGGGCUCCGUAUAUGGAAAUUGUGGGGUGCAGAACAGACGAAAGUGCCUAUCCUUUCCGACCAGCAGCAGCCAUGCUCUUCCACGGGAUAACCGGGGGCCACAUCCAAGGCAUCAUGGAAGAGAUGGAGAGGAGGUCCAAGUCCGCCGACAGCCGCUUGGCCAAGGGUAUCCAGGUCAAUGGCAGAGAAACUAGAAUGCCUUCCCUGAGUCCUGAGAAGCCUGCACUGUGUGCUGGGUGCGGGGGCAAGAUCUCAGACAGAUACUACCUCUUGGCUGUGGACAAGCAGUGGCACCUGCGCUGCCUGAAAUGCUGCGAAUGUAAGCUGGCCCUCGAGUCGGAGCUGACCUGCUUUGCCAAGGAUGGCAGUAUAUAUUGCAAGGAGGACUAUUACAGAAGGUUUUCGGUGCAGAGGUGUGCCCGUUGCCAUCUUGGCAUUUCAGCCUCAGAGAUGGUAAUGAGAGCACGGGAGUCCGUCUACCACUUGAGCUGCUUUACCUGCACAACCUGUAACAAGACCUUAAGCACCGGGGAUCACUUUGGCAUGAAGGAAAACCUUGUCUACUGCCGGAUUCACUUUGAGCUUCUUGUCCAGGGGGACUUCCAUCAGCAGUUAAAUUACUCGGAGCUCUCAGCCAAGGGUGGGGGACUGGCAGCCCUGCCGUAUUUCAGCAAUGGGACAGGCACAGUGCAAAAGGGGAGGCCACGAAAGAGAAAGAGCCAGGCUUUGGGUGUGGACAUCAUCAACUACAGUUCAGGUUGUAACGAAAAUGAGACAGAUUUGGAUCGGGACCAGACAUACCCUCCUUCUCAAAAGUCGAAACGCAUGAGAACCUCUUUCAAACAUAACCAGCUCCGUACAAUGAAGUCCUAUUUUGCCAUUAACCACAAUCCAGAUGCAAAAGAUUUGAAACAACUGGCCCAGAAAACUGGAUUAACAAAGAGAGUCCUGCAGGUUUGGUUUCAAAACGCACGAGCAAAAUUCAGAAGGAAUCUUUUGCGCCAGGAGAAUGGGGGAGGCGAUAAAGUUGAAGGUCACUCUCUCAGCGCUCCAGCAUCUGCAGAGAGUGCUGCACUAACGCCAACCGGUGCCACGUCCACAUUAUCAGACCUCACCAGCCCCUCCCUCAAUGUCGGGGCAUCUGUAACCCCAAAUAUGGACACCCGUGAGUCCGGGAGCCCUUCUCAAACAACACUAACCAACCUUUUUUAACAUCUGCUGCGGUUCUACACUUGCUGUCCCAUAUGAAUAUUUCCACAAGACUGCAUUAUUAUUCUUCUUAUUUUUUUUUUCUACCAUCCAUUGAAAUACACUUCAAAAUAUUUUGGAAGAAAGAAGAAAUUUAAGGUAGACACUCAGUGAAGCAAAUGCAGAAGAUAGGCUUCUGUUGUGUUGCUGUUCACAGAAAAUUUGACAGUCUGCAGGAUGAAGGUGGUAACAUGAACUCUCUGAUUUGGGAAGGUAUAUAUCUAGAAGGGCAGAGCAUGGAAGGAUGCAAGAUACCGACAAUCCCUCAAAAACAUUUGUGUGAAAUCUUGCAUAUAACCUAUUACUGAAAAAUAUUACCCUUAUUUCAAUGUCAGUGCAGGGGAUAUUCACUUACAUUUCUCUCUUUUGUCAAUUUCUCUCACUGUGAAUUUAUAUAUGACCAUUAAUUCGUAUUGCUGGGACUGCAGCUUGACUGCUGUCAGAGACCUGCCACAACAUAAAUUGAUUUUCUUUUCGUGUGUCCAUCUCGCUAGCUCCAAGUUGGUCUCUCUAUACUUUUCAGGAAGAAAAAUAAUUGUAGUAAAUUGCCCUUUUUAUUAGAAUUUGUCCAGAGCUGACUUCCUACUUCCUAGGAAGCUAAAAACAAUUCUGUUGCGCACCUCUUUCACAAAUGUCCGACUUUUCUCUCUUACUUCCUCCAGUGAGCCUGUCUCUGUUCUCCUCUCUAUAAUUAUGUUAAAUGUCCUUUGACAUUUCUGCAGAAAAGACCUGUUCUCUAGAUUUUGCUCUGCCUUUAAUAGCAAUUGGGCAAUGACUGGAUGCACAAAAAAUGACAUGUAAGUUAAUGACACGAGAUAUCAGUGUCAUAUUUUUCUUUUAUGUUGAAAACAAUCAAAUGAGGUAAGGGUUACAUUCAAAUUCACACAUCCUUAAAAGUGCCUCUAAACAAUUGUAUAUUACUUAUUUCCAUUAUCUUGAAAAAUAAAUGAGCAAAAAUAAAUCUUGUUAAUAACAUAAAAAUUAUAUAAUUUCAGCCUGAAACAAUAAUUUUCUGUAUUAAUAUAUGCACGUUCAUAUUAAAAUAAUUGACAUUCUGGAAAAAAAAAACUUCAGCACAUCAAGAAUUUACCAAGAAACUUUUUACUUUUUCAAAUGAACAUGAAAUAGCAUUAGUUAAUUUACGCUAUUUUUUUUUCUGAUGCGAUAAAAGAUAUAGACAAUGUUUUAUAUAUUUUCAGGAAAAUCAAUUACUUUCUCAUUUCAUUUUUUGACAAUUAUUAUUUUCCAUAAAAUUUAGGAGGCAGGCAGACGUAAUAUUUUUAAUAUCAAGUACAUUUUUAAAAAUAAAAAUUGGAUGUAUAUUCAUGGCAUUUUAAGUUUGAGCAAUUUUAGUUUUUCAGAUGAAAUGGAAAUAAGCAAAAUACGAUUUUGUAAAAAAGUUUUGCGAACAGUGAGGUUUUUUUCCAUUGAUUUUUUUUGGUAUUGGAUAGAUUGUACCAGACAAACAUUAAAUAUUUCUAAUAUAUAAUAUUUUUGUUACUUUUGUAUAAAAAAUCAAUAUCUUAUGUGCAAAUGAGCAUUGUUUACUUUUUCAAAUUGGGUGCUUGCUUAAAACAGACCCAGAAAAAGCAGAAUGUUUAUUUCUUUUGUUGUAUCUUGUGAAAUAUGUACAGUUUUACAAAGUGCACACAUAUUUAAAAUAAAUGCAAAAGCUUUUUAAAAUCUGAAACUUUUUUUUUGUUGCUUUUUUCAAUAAAGAGGCUAGUGGUUUUGUACUGUAGCUGUGUGUGUUCUAAUAAGGCUUAUGUCUUAUUAUGCUCAAAAUGCUCCCAAUGAACAUCAAUUUUUAACUUAUAGUCUGCCUGAUAUUGAUGUGUUUUAUUUUAAGGCCCACAAUCUUGUAGGAACGUGGCAUUUCUUUUUGAUUAGAGAGCUGGUGCAUUAUAAACUAUAUUUCAUCAUGGAUACAACAAAAUAUUAUAAUGGAUUGGGUAUUUUUAUAACUAUGAAAAUCAAGCUGUAAAAGCAAUGAGAUGAUUGAUCACAGGCCUGUGGACUGGGAUAUAUUUCAUUGCCUUGUACAGCACACUAUAUCUGAAUAUAAGGCAAAUGGUUUUGACAUUGGUGAAUGUUCAUUUAUUUAUAUAUGAAACUAUUGUGUUCCAUUGCUUUCAAUCUGCAUCCUGACAGAAUGUUUUUGCCCAUUGACGUAGUGGUUUGUGUUGAGGGAUUUAUAUACAAAUUGCUAAAAGUUUUCCUUCAUGCUGCACUCUAUACAAACAAUUAAACAAAUGACUAACUGUAAGAGAGACUGGACAUGUGCUAGACAAAAGGUUGAGUUUUGAAAUGAACACAAUAUACAGUCAAAUAUCCUUUGAUAUUUCAGUUUUUUUCUUAAUUGUAUCAUACAAUGCCAUACAGCUGCAGUUAUGAAUCGUAAGUCAUGGUAGUUUAGGGCUACAUUUUUUAAACCAGGCCUUAAUAUACAACAUAAUAUUGAAUAAGUAAUCUGCCUGUUAUAUCUAUGCUAAAUCCCAACAUACUAUCGCUAUUUAAUUCAUGCCACAUUGUGUUUACGCACCGGUUCCCAAAUAUUUAUAAUGUAAAAAUAAUAUAUAUAUAUUUUAACUUUUGCUAACCCCCUUGAAGGUACUUCAAGCAUUUUGCUGGCUUAACAGUAGACACACACUAAAGAAAAUAGACAUUAAAAAACACCACACUGAAGUAUUUAUAGGUAUUUGAUUCCACAAGAAAAGAGGAAACAAAUCUCCUAAAAUGCCCUUAAAUGCUUCCAAAUAUAGAACUUUCUUAAAAAUGUAAGUUGACUUCACAUUUGUUUUAUCUCUCUUUCAAUACAAACUACUAUUUUCGAUUAAAAAAAAUAAAAAGUGAGAUCAGUAGAUGUAAUCUAACUUGAUUUCAUGAAACUCCUUUGGCAAGUUAAAUAUUAGACUGAAUACAGCUUUUUUUUUACAAAGUAAUAUGGAUAGACAGUCAUUUCUGAGUAUGAGCAAUAUGCGCGUCAAUUAGAUAUUUGUCCCAUAAUUUACCAGUUGUAGUAAUCAGUUUCUGAAGAGACAUUUGUACAGCAACUGAUCAAAUACACAUGAUUACACUGUUAGACAUAGGCUGGAAUUAUAUGAUACGUUUCAUCAGAUCCGACUCAAUGAGAGGAAACGGAAGCGAUGAAAACAAGGUAAUAGAAA